CGCUACGCGCCAAAUUCGUAAAGUGCGGAAGGCGCAACAGCAAAACAGCAGCGUACCCGGUGUUUUUAACGUUUGUCGUUGAAGUUUGGCUACUUUUGAUAAAAUAUACAUCUCCAGUAUGUCUCAACAGGCAGGCUAUUCGCCCAGCUUCAAGCGGCCGGCUGAAAUCAUGCGAAUGAGGAGGAAAAGAGCCCGAAGCGAAGCCGGUGUCUUCUCCAGCCCGAGCGGUCAGGGCUCCACUGCCAGUCCGGGACAAAGCGACUCAUCUCCGGCAAACGUGCGGCCCUUCUCUCCUGGGCCGCUUUUCCACAGCCAGAAUCGCUCCGGGGGUGGAAUAAAACGCAGGAACCCGUUCGCAAAUAUCGAGAACACGUUCAGCCCUAAAAAGAAACUACUCAUUUAUAACGACGAGGGAAAUGCUGAAGCUGCGGACAGUUUGAAGAUGAACAGAUCGACGGAAAAGGAGGGAGAUGACAUGUCAACAAAGACGGGUUUACCUUUCAGUGCGAUUCUGAACGAGGUUGAGAAACAAGAACAUCAACACAUGUCCAGCAAGAAAUGUCUCACUUUCUCUGAAGACGACUCUCUGUUUGAAGAGGAGGAGGAAGAUGUGAAAAGUCCACUGCUGAAGAGUCCCCAGGCCAUUGCGCCGGCCUCCAUAGCUCCUCCCGUCUGCACAGCGUACCCAGCAGACUGGAGCCUGAAGACUCGCGUCCUCUUCACCUCCCCGCUCUCCCUGUCGUGGGCAGAGCACCCUAAAGCCCAGGAGGAAGCUCUGGGCAUCAGCCAGCACUGCAGAGCUCAGUUUAGCACCCUCCCACACAGUCUACAGGAUCCCAAGUCCUGCUCAGAGCUUCGUUGUGCCUUCCAGCAGAGUCUGGCAUACUGGCAGCACCCGUCCCUGCCCUGGAUCUCUCUGUUCCCCAGGAUCAACGCUGAGAGGAGCUUUACUGGGAAGAGUAGCCCGUGGGCUCAGGAUACAGCUCUACAGCAGAGCCUCAUGAGGGAAUGGUCGGUCAGUCUCUCGUCUCUCUACAGUCUACUGAAGGCCAGAUUGUGCCCUUACUUCUACCUCUGCUCAUAUCAGUUUACAGUGUUGUUCAGGGCAACAGGUCUCGGAGGAUCCAGCAGCAUCUCAGCAUUAAUCUCUCCGACAACCAGGGGUCUCAGAGAGGCCAUGAAGGCAGAAGGUAUAGAGUUCAGUCUCCCUCUAGUGGAGGAGAGGAGGAAGAGCAGAGAGCAGCAGAACCCGUCAGUGGACCAGAGAGAAGAGGAGGAGGAGCAGAAGGAGAAAGCACGGGAGUGUUGUGAGCUGAAGGAGGAUGAUGAGGACUGUCAGGCCGGUGAUGAAGGAGAAGAUGAAGAUGGUGACUUCUCCUGGCUGAAGGAGAUGGGCAUCCAGGACAAAAUCAAGAAGCCAGACAGCAUCAGCAUCCAACUUCGGAAGGAAGGCCACACCGUGUCUCUGGACCACAAGCCGGAGUCUGUGGUGUGUGUGGAGGGAUCACACACCUUCACCCUCAUCAACUUCCUCAUCAACUGUAAGAGUCUGGUGGCUUCAGCCGGCUCUCAGGCCGGGCUGCCUCCAACACUGCUGGCUCCCGUCGCCUUCAGAGGAGCUACGAUGCACACGCUGAAGGCCCGCAGUGUGAAUGUGAAGAGUCAGAUUGGGUCUACGUACCAGAACAUCAGCAGUCUGGAGAUCACAGGACCCAUCCUCCCCUCCUCCCUCCACACCGUCACAACCCUCCUCCGACCCGCUCAGAAAGGAAACUUCUCCGCUACUCUUUACACACACGCACCCACCGCUGUCAUGAACACACACACCACUCAGCAACUGGUUACUGAUGGCUCAGUGGAUCUGUCCGGUUGCGGUCUCCAUCCUGCCUCCAUCCAGCAGCUGCAGCAGCCCUCCAACCUGGGCAAGACUGCUCUGACUCACAUCAACAUGAACAACUACAGCUACACCUGGAGGAACUGACGGUGUCAUUGAUCGGUUUCAUUUAACACGAGAUGAUCCUGACGGACUGAAAUCAUUUUAAAGACUCAGAGGUGUUUUCUGGUUCAACUUCCUGUUUUAAGAUCCUUUUACAAGCAGAUUUUAUUGUGUUGCACUCUUUUAAUCUCUUCUUUAAAGCUGUGGUAAUGAGAGCAUUGUUUCUAAAUGAGUUUUUUUAACGUGGAUAAAUGCAGUGUUUACCGUCUUGUUUGAAAAUGUCUAUUAAUUACAUCUAAUUUGUUGUAUUUUGGAGAAAUAGCUUUUAUUAAAUGAAACUUCUGAGGUACCAUCACAUUUUGAGGUUGUAUUCCAUGAAGGCGAAGCCUGAGGAAAUAAACACGUUCUCUGUGGAAUUCACAAAGGCA